UCCCUCUCCCUCUCCUCCGGCGAUGUCGCUCGUGUCCAACCCUGCAUCAUCGAAUCUCCGGAUCUACAAGCCAACUGGCAUUGCUGGUGUUCCCCAGACCCAUGAACUGUCCACGGCCAUAGAUCAUGUGCUGAAGAAGAUCCAGUCCGCCUAUUGCGAGGCGCGGGAAUUGCUCAAGGGCACGGGCGGCGAGACUACUCCUGCCUCCCUCUGCCUCGGCCUCCUCGACCCGGUCUCCAAUAUCGUGAUCAACAGUCUCAUCUCCUACAGGCGCAAGCGCAAGCGCGACCGCGAACCAUCUAAGGUUUGCGAGGUGGGCGAAGAAGAACAAGACCUGGUCCUGGAGCGCCGGUCGCUUGACGGUAUGGUGGCCUUCCUCACCCGCCUCUUCCCCGACCUCGCCGAGAGCCAGGCCAUGCGCUACCUGUCGCUCGCGGAUGGUGAUGCCCUCGUUGCCGCCGGCAUCAUCGUGUCCGACAUUGGCAUGAAGAGGUUCUUCGACUCCGGCCUAGCCGUCAUGGAGAUGGCCCUCCUCAACUGCGCCGCGCUGGCUGCUGGGCACCCCGAUCCCGACAGUCUUGUCUGUGCCUGGCGCAACAUCUCCAGCCGCAUGGACAUAGUCCUACCCCUGCUCAACGACUUGUCGGGCAAACCAUCAUCAUCCCACCACUGCUUGGAUAGUAGCAUCGUCAUGCUCCGCAGGUUGCUCAACGAGGGACCCCGCGUCUACUGUGAGGAACCUAUGUCAUGGGCGUGGCAGCUUGCAGCUGAUCGUCAUCGUCCCCGCAGUGUGCCGUACCAGCACACCAGAUUGUUGAGUCGGACGCUCCAUGACGCCAUCCACGCCUUCUACCUGCAGGCCCUCGCCUGCCUGCCCGUAGGUGAGCUGCGCUCGCGCUUGCACCGUAGCCUUCUCAGGGCAGGCUACUGCUAUGGCCCGUUUGAUCCUGUCUCCAACAUCAUCAUCAACACCAUCUGGUACGACGCUGCGUUCCCACCUGCCAAGACACUCGACCUGGAUAUCAUCGGCACAGAGAGCCUCCAUCGGAUGGAGAACCGCUCUGUCUAUGGCUUGGCCUCCUUCUUCUGCACACGCUAUCAUUUCUUCACUUUCCAACAAGCUGUUCGCUGCCUGCUCGAGGCAGAUGCCAACCUUGUGGUUGCUGAUAUCAACUUCGAUUCUGCCGUCUCCUUAAUAGGGUGCGGACCCAACACCAGUGUCCAGGAUGGCUUCCUUGCCGCCGCCAAGGCAGCCUGUCACCCCAACCCAGACGCCCAAGUAAAGCUUCUCACUUCGUGUAAGGCUAUGCUCGGGUCUGCCAUGUCUCUGCUGCAGGGCUCUAUGAAGCUCUCCUCUCAAGAUGUUCAACGGCUUGCGGUGUUGCUAUGUCCUGAACCCCCCUCUGGUGAGACGACGGCACUUACCCUACCCACCCUAAAAGGUUACCGCCAUGCACACCUAGCAGAUGUGCACACUAGAAUCUCCAAAAAGGUCAAUGCCCUGUUGAAUGCAUAUGAACAGAUGCCAAAUGGGGAUCCCAAAUUCGAGCUUCAUAUGAUUUGUGGCGUGAAUGACCGGGUCUCCUGCUCUUCCUCCGGUCCUCCUCCUCGUGGUUGUUACCCCACUCACCGCUCUCAUGUCAACUUCAUGGCUACUCCCAAAAGCCCAUGUGGUGAUGGAGUUCCAAUUUUGUUCUUUGCUGAAAUUAGCUAUGGUUAUGAAGACACAUCCUUCUGUUGGCCUCUGCCUUUUCCUCUGCCAUGUGCUGCACAAAUUCGGUGUCUUCACUGCGAGUUUAUGGGUACUAGAAUUGUGCAUCCAGUCGAGAUGGACUUCCAUGGGGGUGAGUUGGAGUUUGCUAAGAUGGCCUGCCGAAAAUACCCCUAUGAUGAUGACUUUGACAACAUGGAUAUCAUCAACAAUAGGUUUAGCUUGGCAGAGAGCAUUUAUCACGGUGCGAAAGAAGAUAGCCUCUAUGAUGAUCUUGAUGGGCACAAGAUUGAGGAGCGUGAUCUGAGUUCCAUGAGUAUCAAGGCCCAGAUUCUGUGGUUGACCAAGUAUGUCUAAGGUGUUUUUCCCAUGUAGUUGUCUCUGACUCAAGAGACAUGUUAAGUUUAUGUUGUCUAUGACUGUGCAAGACAAGCUUAAGUUUAGGUUGUCUGCGACUUAUGCAAGACAAGUUAAGACAUGUUUAUGUUGUCUCAGAGGUAGGAUGAUGCUCAUGAAAUUUAGCAAGUGGUUUAUGUACCAUUAGAAUAUCCUCUGAUAGUAGUGGUAUUUGAAUGUGGGAAAUGAAAUGAUUGUGUAAUUGCAGUUCACUAUAAACUAAUCUCUAACUACUUUG